CGUCGGCAACAUGUGACGAGUGAGGGAAGUACUUAGGAGAGUAAUGUCUGGAUUUUUGAAGUACUGCAUUUAAAUUAAUUGUAAGCUGUAAAAGAAAGCAGUUCCAAAAUUUUUGUGCAGCGUUUGUGAGAAGUCAUGAAAUAGGCAUUUCGAAUAAUUUAAACAGGCGUACAAAAAAGUACUGUAGUCAUCUGAUUAAAUUGUUGCUUGGAGUGUCUGAUAACCUUAUUAUGUUUAAAGUUUUUUAUAUAUUUUUUCAAAACUGAUUUGCUAUGGUCUUGCGUACAUUGUUGCGGGCUGUAAUUGUGGGCCCUCCGGGGUCUGGAAAAGGCACAGUCUCGGACAGAAUCGUAAAAACUUUUGGGCUAAAACAUCUUUCUAGCGGCGACCUGCUAAGGUCAAACAUCAAUGACAAGUCAGAAAUUGGAUUGGUUGCCAGAGCUUACAUUGACCAGGGACAGCUAGUUCCAGAUGAUGUUAUGACACGACUGAUCCUGCAGGAACUGAAGGUUUUGGAGCAACACUGUUGGCUUUUGGAUGGUUUUCCAAGAACAGUCACUCAAGCUGCAAGUCUUGAUAAAGCUUAUCAGGUGGACACAGUGUUAAACCUGAACGUGCCCUUUGAGACUAUCAAACAAAGGCUUACAGCUCGCUGGAUCCACCCGGCUAGUGGUAGAAUCUACAAUACAGACUUUAAUCCCCCCAAAAUUCCUGGGAUUGAUGAUGCCACAGGAGAACCUUUAAUUCAGCGUGAGGAUGAUAAACCUGAAACUGUCAUCAAGAGACUGCAGGCUUAUGAAGCACAAACAAAACCUGUUCUAGACUAUUACCGGAGUAAUGGAGUACUUGAAACCUUUUCUGGGACAGAGACAAAUAAAAUCUGGCCUCAUGUACAUGCCUUCCUUGCUUGUAAAUUGCCAGUUGUAAACAAGACUGAAACGAGUCCUUAAUGUGUGAGGCUGGAACUGCUUGUUCUAGAAGAAAGAAAAAGUUGCUUUUAAAAGAUGAGCAUUGAUAUUUCCAGAAAAUGUUAAAGGCCUUAAGACUGUAUUUAAUGGAUGUUUAAUAGAUAUAUUACUAAUGAUUAUAAUAUGUUCCACUGACACAGUAGGCCAGUGUUAAGUUUUUGUAAUAAACUGGGGAAAUGGAAUUAAUGUGCACUUAAUUUGUAAUUUUAAAACCAUGGACUGUUUUAAGUAUUUUAAAAGUCACAAGGUAGAGGACAGCACAUUAAGCAGGGCAAGGCCUUAUUUCUGGUUUAGUUUUCUCUUAAAUUAAACAUUAUCAGUUAGAAAUUGAUGUUAGUCUAAAUACCUUUUUCAGGGUAGCUAGUCUCUGGUUAAGUUUUGGGCUAUAAGCCACAUUGUUUCACACAUUAACAGCAGUCAGGUGAAAUUUGGGGCCUUUUACCACUGUCAUCAAACUGUGAAAGUUCAUUUUUAAAUUAUUUCCCUAUUUAAAAGAGGACUUCCAUUAGAAACCAUUUGAGUAAAAUUAACAAGAUAAAAAUGAUGUAUGCAACUGUUCACUUGCUAAGCUUAAAAACUAGGUCUCCGCAGUCAGUAUUGCACUAGACUUUUGCACUGCAGAAAUAACUUGAUUUGUGGUUAGCUUUUGUUUGCAGUUUAACGGUUGAAAAUUUAACCCCCAAAAAAUUAAUACUCAAAAUGAAGAGUGCACAUUAAGAGACUGCGUAUGGGUUGGAGUUGGGAGGUGUACUUGAAAUGUAGGGCAGUAACAGUAAUAUCCUUAUACCUCAGAGAAAUGCAUUUAUGUCCUAGACUGUACAUCAUGGAAGAAUUAUUCAGACCUAUAGAUCUUGUUUCUUUUUGGAGGAGAAAAUGUCAUUUAGAAAAAUUACAAUACAUAUGAAGACAUGCUAAUAUAACACUUCUCAGCUACUGAUAUUGCUUUUUUUUUUUUUUUUUUUUUAUGACCAGGUGGUGAAUACUAGCACAUGCAUGGGAUUUUAAUUUUCAUGGUGAUAUUAGUCUGACACUUGAAAAAAAAAAAAACAUUUUGCUUUUAUGAAUGGUGUUGGUAAUUUUCACCUUCUUCCUGUGAACCAUGAUUUUAAGGUAUUGUCUAAUUACACGUUUAAUAAUUUGGAUAGAAAUAUGAAAACACCUGAGUUAUUCACAAGUCUUCUCAGUAGAGGUGUUACUCCCUUUUGCUUGCCCUAUAUUUAUAAAACAGAACGAUCAUGGUACUGGUAUCUUAAUUCUUAUACCCAUUUGCAUUCACCUCCAUGGCUGGUAGUGUCUCAGAAUGAAUUGGCCAGAAGGGCAGUACUUUUUGCAGAAGCUAAUAUCUUCAUUGUUUUCAUGUUAAUAAAAGAAAGUAAGAAGAAAAAAUCAGACAUGAAUGUUUUGUUGUAUUAUAUUGGGCAUUUAAAAAUAGUAAGAUAUGCUGCUUUAAUUGGGAAAAUAAUUGAUAAGCUAGCAAAACUUCUCUUCUGUACUUGAGUAAUUAUAAAAACAGAACAAUAAAUAUUGAAGGGAUGUACAAAUUGUUUGCUGCAGAAACGGAGAUACUUUGUUUCACACAAAUAAUUUCAUUAUAACAGCACAACACAGUCAUGAAUGUUCUAAAAUUCUGUUAAAAAUGCUUCACAGAUGUAAUUCACAGUGCAGAAUGAACAGUACGGUUGAUUGCAAUAAAUAAACAUUUAAGUGAUAUGUAA